UUUCUCGUGGUUUCUUCUGCAACUGCUUCUUUGUAUAAGUCCACUCGCUCUUGAAGCAAAGCAUCUUCUUCCUCUUCUCCAUGUGUCAUUGAUUGAGAUUCAGACACCUCUCUCUCUCUCUCUCUCUCUCUCUCUCUGUCUUGCUCUGGAUCUAGGAAAGAAUCUGGAACAAGCUCUGUUUCUGGUUCUGGUCUGAACAGCAGAAUUGAAAUGGAGACUUUCUUCUUCCCAUUCACCUCCACAAUCUCCAAGUUCGGUUUCUUGGCCAUAUGGGUCAUGUUCUUGAUUUCCUCUACUUCUUUUACUUCCACAGAAGCGUAUGAUGCUCUUGAUCCGGAAGGCAACAUUACAAUCAAAUGGGAUGUCAUGAGUUGGACGCCUGAUGGCUAUGUUGCCGUUGUCACGAUGUAUAACUUCCAGAAGUACAGACACAUUCAAUCUCCGGGUUGGACAAUGGGCUGGAAAUGGGCAAAGAAGGAAGUGAUAUGGAGUAUGGUCGGAGGGCAAACCACCGAGCAAGGCGAUUGCUCGAAGUACAAAGGAAACACCCCGCAUUGUUGUAAGAAAGAUCCGACCGUUGUGGAUUUGCUCCCGGGAACUCCCUACAACCAACAGAUCGCAAACUGCUGCAGAGGCGGUGUCCUGAACUCGUGGGUUCAGGACCCGUCCACAGCGGCUAGCUCGUUCCAGAUCAGUGUUGGAGCGGCUGGAACCACUAACAAGACGGUUCGGGUCCCGAGAAACUUCACUCUCAUGGCCCCGGGACCGGGCUACACUUGCGGGCCGGCAAAGGUAGGGAGACCGACCCAGUUUGUAACCUCUGAUAGCAGGAGAACCACUCAAGCUAUGAUGACAUGGAACGUUACCUGCACAUACUCGCAGUUUCUUGCACAGAGAACUCCGACUUGCUGUGUUUCCUUGUCGUCUUUCUACAACGACACCAUUGUCGGAUGCCCGACUUGUGCUUGCGGAUGUCAGAACAGAAACAGCUCCGAAUCUGGCGGUGGAUGCGUCGAACCGGACAUGCCUCACUUGGAGUCGGUGGUAUUUCCUCCGACCACGAAACAGGGGACUGUACUGCCGCCAUUGAUGCAGUGCUCGAGCCAUAUGUGUCCGAUUCGAGUUCACUGGCAUGUGAAGCAGAACUACAAGGAGUAUUGGCGAGUGAAGAUCUCUAUCACCAACUUCAAUUACCGAAUGAAUUACACUCAGUGGAAUCUCGUUGUUCAGCACCCGAAUCUCGACAACAUCACUCAGAUCUUUAGCUUCAACUACAAACCCCUCUCUCCAUACGCCGGUUUAAAUGAUACUGCGAUGUUGUGGGGAGUUAAGUUCUUCAAUGAUUUCCUGUCGGAAGCCGGGCCGUUAGGGAACGUGCAGUCGGAGAUUUUGUUCCGCAAGGACAAAUCGGCAUUCACGUUCGAGAAAGGAUGGGCUUUUCCGAGAAGAAUCUACUUCAACGGCGACAACUGCGUCAUGCCUCCGCCGGAUUCUUACCCGUUUCUUCCCAACUCCGGUUUCCGCCGAGCUGUCUCCUUCGCCGCCGCCGCCCUCUCUGUUCUCGUGUUCUUCGCGUAAUGAUACCCUUCACCUUAAACGCUUCCCUCAAUCUACGGUUUUGCCACUGACCGGAGAUCCCAUGUCCGGCGAAUAAGGAGGUGGUCGACGGUGGAUGGUGCAUCGGCCGGCGGAGUGGCAUAAGCGUAAUUUAUGAGUUUUUUUUCAUGCCCCAAUUUAGAAUAUCCUGCUCUGUUUUUCUUGGCUUUUAUAUUUUUUAUUUUUGGUUUGAUUUUCACUCUAUAAGCCUAUAUAUAAUAUAGCUGCCCUAGAGGAGAACGGCCAUACCCAUACCAAGCAGAACUUCCAUAUCAGGAUGAUUCAUUUUUUUUUUUUUUUGUAAUUUUAUUGCUCAACAAUGAUAGUUUUUAAAAUUUAUUAAUCUUGUAAUUCAUCAAA